CUCUCUCUAUAUAUGUGUCGAGUCCGCUAUAAAAGCCCCGGCCAAACCACCCCUCUUUUCGCGCCGCGUAUAGGAGAUGAUCGACCCCGACGUGGCCGCGUGGAUCCUCGACUUCCUCCUCCGCCAAACCCUCGACGACUCCCUCGUCCACCGCCUCAUCCUCUCCCUCCCCAUCCCCGCCCCCUCCCCCUCCUCCCCCCUCCACCGAACCCUAAUCCUCCGCCGCCUCUCCUCCGACCUCUCCCGCCGCUCCCUCUCCCCCCGCACCCUCCACUCCCUCGAGCUCCUCUCCUCCCUCCCCCGCCCCUCCUCCGCCGCCGCACUCCGCGCCGCCUACGCCGCCGUCGCCGCCGAUCUCACCGUGAAGCCCCUCAGACCGAGCUCUCGCGGCGGCGACGACGACGGCGGCGGCGGCGGCGGCGGCGAGGGAGGGGGAGAAGGGGAGUUCUACGACGCCGUGAAUCGGAUCUGGAACUGCCGCGUCGCGGAUCUCGAGGCGGCGGCGGAGGGGGUGGAAGGGGCGGAGGCGGCGGCGGGAUUGGUGUCGCCGGAGCUGAGGGCGACGAGGAGGGAGAUGGAGGAAGCGGUGGUGGAUGCGACGGUUAGGGCGGGUUUGGUGGCGAGGUACACGGAGGAGAGGGCGUUGCAGGCCGUUAGGGUUUAUUUGGAGGAGGCGUGGAAGGAGUUGGGGCCUUCGUUUCUUGAGCUCGCCGCCGAGGCUCUUAUUGGGAUGGCGAAGGGGAAGGGUUUGGAAAUGGAGAAUCCGAACUCUUCGAAACCUAGUCCCGAAGAAGGAUCUAGGUUGCUGGAGCUAGUCAAUCAUAGUGGAACUGUUAAUAAGCGGGGAAAGGAAAUCAUAGAAGAGAACACACAUGAGGGUGAAUCCUCCAGUCCAGAACUGCGUGAUCCGAGCAGUGUUGGAUGGAAUAGGAUGGGGAAAUGUAAGAGUACAAACUUUAGAUCUUUUGAGAAUGCUAAUGAAAGUGGAAAUCGUUGCACUAAAACAAUUUUGAAGUUGGAUAGAGAUUCUGCUGCAGAGCGGCGGCCUAGUAUGAUGGAGCGCAAUCCAACUGCACGUACUAUCGAGUGUUGUAUUGUUGUGGAAGUUAGAAAGAAUCAGCUGUUAUUUACUGUUUCCUGCUCGUACGGGCUGAUUGAUAUUCAACCGGUCUGCUGUGCUGCUGGUUCUCACCAUUAUCCCAAGGAACAAGUUUUUCUUUCAUAGUCCUGGAUUGAUAGAUUGCCAGUCACAAUUAACCAGUGUGCCUGCUAGAUGGGUUUCCAGGACUUGCAUCAAUUAUUCUAGGAAGGCAAAUCAUGAGACGGUAGGAUAAUUAUGCAUUGCUUGACAGAAAUGUUUGUCUAACUACACAUAGUUAUGUCACGGCUUACUAUUUGUGGAGGCCUCACUAAGAUGCCUAAGGUCUAGUUUAGGAAUGAUUUGCUCAAAUGCACCUACUUUAGUGCAUCAGACGGCUAUAAAAAUGGUGCUUGAAACCACCACCGAAGAAAGCAGUCUUCAUAUGGGGUCCUCCGGUGGUGGUCCCUGCCUCCACUUAAAGCAUCGGAAUAGGGAACCUCUAAAAUACUUUCGGAAUUUUUGGAGCCUUCGAGCAUCAUAAGGGUUAUGUUCGGGCCACGCAUUCUGAAGCUGGUUCUAAAAGGGUUUAACUCUUUUUGCAUUUGCUCUCCAUUAUGACCAUCACUUAGUUUACACUUAAAAUUCACUUAAACAUUAGUUCUCUUUUUACCUCUUGCUGUGACAUUAUUAGU